AUGCGUUUCCACAUCUCUAUCCUCGCCCUCGCAGCUUUAGCUGGUCAGUCCGCCUACGCCGAUAAAUCGGAUACUCUCGAUGAAAACAAUGCCACGACUUCUAAGCCUUAUCAUGAUCAUUCUCUGAUCCUACUCGUCAUCCUAUCAUCGUCAUCACACCCCCAGAGCAAAACAUCCACACUAACACAGUCCCCACGAUCCUACCUAGUACGAGAACAGAACCGCCUCGCAAUCAACCAAAUGCCACCGGCCUGUAACCUAGCUGCAUGUCUCGGACUCUCGGGGACAGCAUCUUGCGUCGUCUCUGCUAUUUCUAGUGGUGAUCCGGCGGCGUUGCAGAGGUGUUUGGUUAAUGGAUUAGCUCAGAUUUGUUCUUGUGCGGCUUGCGUGCCCCUUGUUGACAAUUUCUUGAUUUCUUUGGGUGUUUGUGUGUCGAAGCCUGGUGGUAAUGAGACUGUGGUUGAGCAUGUGCCCGAGGCGGUGUUGGCUUAUUUUGAAUCUUUUAUGAAGAAGACGGAGACGGAGAGGGAGACGGAGACGAAGGAGGAGGCGGAUCUUGCGUCUGGGGCUGUUGAUAUUUAG